GAAAAUAUUUUGAGGGCCAUUUGAUGGGAAUGUCCGCUCUUGGGGAGGGGAAGAGCUGCCCUGAGCUGCCCCUGCCCUGUGCCCCGAGUGAGCUGAGCCAGAUGCUGCAGGCAGAGCUGUGUGUGGAGCUGGUGCUGCCAUGGAAGCGGUACUGCAGGCUGCCUGGGGCCUGGGGAGGGAAUGCUGGUGUACCCCAAUCCCCAGGGUGCUCCUUGGUUCCAGCACCUCUUCCACAGGCCAUGAGUCCAGUUUUGGGCAGAGCUGCUUUGUGCCCCCCGUGCCCAAGGCUUGGCCCUGCCUGUGUUCCCUUCAGGCCAGCUGGGAGUGGGGUUUUUCCCGUGGUUGCUGCUGAUGGAGUCAGCGCUGCUGGAAUCUGCCCUGCUCCCCUGCAGGAGCAGCUGAACAAGACAACAGCAGCCACCUGGAUGAUAGAAGAAGAAAAUAUUAAAGCAAAAAUAUUGUGGUCUAAACUCUCCAGCCAGGCAGAUGUUUCCUUAUCUCCCCACACCCCCUGUGUGACUGCUCCCAGCCAGAGAACAGCCCUGCUGCAAGCAGCUUUCCAGCCUGACCUUGGGAUUCCUUUCACACACACACUAAUCUCAGCUCUGGCUUGCUCAAAACCACAAUAUUUUUGUUUUCUGCUUCUUUUUCUGCUUCUUUUAUCAUCCAGGUGGCUGCUGUUGUCUUGUUUAGCUGCUCCUACACUCUCUUGGUGCAGCUCAGCACUGUCCCCACAGGGAUCCACUGGCAGCCAAGCUGUGCCUCAUGGAAGUGAGCAAAGGGACAGGGAAUUCCUACCCCUCACCUUGUGGUACGCUGACCCUGCCAGGAAGGAACACUUGUCCUCCGGCCUCGCUGGCCACGGGGAUCACAUCCUGCUUCCCUUUAGCGUACAGAGCCCUCUCCCUCUUCCCCAGCACUGUGCCCAUGUGGGACCAAAAUCUCUGGUGUGCAGCCAGAGCCCCCUGGCCUUGCCUGCUGCUUGCACAGUGAGAGCUCCCAGUGCCCCCACUAGGUAGGUGGGUCUACCUACAGUUGGGACCAGUAAGAGAAAUGUUUCUAUGAACAGUGACCAAACUACCACUCACCACUUCUUCCUCACAAAGUGUUCCUGUGCCCUGGAAUGUCUGUACAUACGUGACUCUUGUUCCUGGGACAGUCGUACAAACACCCCUCGUGCUCUGGAAUGGAACCAAUAAAUUAUGUUGUAUUUACACA